GAAAAAAUUGGUUUCAGAGCAGUUGCAUAGUAAACAAUGGAGCAAAAUGAUUGAGGAGACUCUGAGAAGCCAAGAUUGGAGAAGAACAAUGGAGUUUGCCAGAUUCAACCCAGUUCAAGAAGGGAGUUGUGAGAUAGAAGAGGAAGUAAUGGGAGAUCAUAUAUGCAUGGAUGAGAAGAAUGAUGGUAACCCUGAGAUAUAUGUUGCAGUGGGGAAGGACCCUUCUCCACUGCAAUGGGCUUUGAGUCAUCUUGUUAAAGAGGGGGACUCUCUUACUCUCAUUCAUGUUUUCCCUCCCUUGAAGUCAAUUCCAACACCAGUUGAAAAGCUUCCCAUAAGUCAAGUGUCACAAGACAUUGUGGACAACCAUAUAAAAGAGGAAGAGGUCAAGAGAACAAAGUUACUGCAGAACUACAUGGAUAUGUGCUUAAAUGUCAAGGCAAAAACAGAAACAGUUGUGAUCGAAAGCGAUAUGCCUCACAAGUCACUGGUAGAAUUGAUAUCAGUACUUAAAAUUUCAAAACUUGUUAUGGGGACAAAACCAGCAACUCAUCCUAUGACAAGAAAGCUGAAGAAGGGCCCAAGCAAAGGUGAAUAUGUACACAGGCACGCUCCACAUUUUUGUGAGGUAUUUCUGAUUUGUGAAGGGAAAAUCAUCAUUCCAAAAGCAGACGGUGAGCCUAAAAAUUCAGAUGCAUCUCCAAGUUCUGCCACCACCAUAUCCAGACAUGGUAUAAACGAUGAACCAGGAGAAGAUACCACAAAUUGUAUGGGUUUUUAUCGUAGAUUCUUGAGAUAAAAAAUAUAUAGAGUAAGGAUAAUUAGAAUAAUAGUGAAGAUGAAGAAGCAUGUCUUGUUAUUUGUUCAAUAUUUAAUAUAUUAAGUAUAGACAUGUCAUGGCUGCAAUAAUCUUAACAUUUUGGUUUUGUUGGCUGAUCGCUUGCUAUUCCUACCUUUCUGCCAUAUGAAAUUCAUUGCAGGAUAUCUCAGUUGUUUUGUAAAUUGUUCUACCCAGAUCACUUUCACUGAUUUUUUUAAUCUUAAAGAGGGAUGGGUAUA